AUGGAAUAAAAUAUUGCACCAGCUUAGUUUAUAUUUUGGCAGAGCGUUAUUAUUAUCAUGCAUAUUUAACAACUCGUGCAGAACUAUGUAUACAUAUCAAGCUUCUCAAAAAUAGGUAACUAUUGUUAUUUUCGUUGAGUUUAGGGCAAAAUCAUUACUUAUUAAUUUGAGGCUGUAUAUAUGUAAGAUUAUUCUUCUUAGGGUUUUUGCCUUAAUAAGUGCCGUUGCCAGUUGAAAUCCAGGUAUUUUUAAGGUAAUAUAAAUACCUUCCUUCACCUGAGGAUUUUCCCUCCACUACGGAUUCUUUUAGUUCUAAAUUCUAGCCUCAUUUACUGAUCACUCUGUACUAUUACUAUAACCUCUGCAAGAUAUCUUCCCACUUUUUUUUUUACAAAGCAAUUCAAUAUUUCAUUAUUAUAUCAAGUUGA